CUUCACCGCUUGCGUCUGCGUACACGACCGUGAGAGAAAAGAUAAUCACGCCUCGCCAUCGCACAUGCCACACGCAAAGGCUCUAUAUAAGGAGCAGCCGAGCCGAGCAGGCAAAGGCCACCGUCGAGAUCGAAUCGUCGACACACAGUCACAGUCGCAGUCGCAGCCUCAUCAUCUGCCGCCCACAAGUGACCCCCGUACGCAACUCGUUUGCCGGCCUCUUUGGUUGACUUGAUUGAUCCGGCGAUCCAUCUCUCGCCGCCGGUGACGAUGAUGGAGGAGGCCCUCAUCUCGCCGGAGCUCCGGGACGUGCUGGCCAAGGUGGUCGUGUUCCUGCUGGUGCAGGGGCUGGUGUACCUCAUCCUCAGCAACUCCUCCGACGUCUUCUCCAAGGACAAGGGGCUCCGCUCCCUCAGCUUCCGGUCCAUGAGCGUGCGCCGCGUCCUGGCGCCGCUCUCCGACGUCCCCGUCGGCACCGACGACAACUCGCCCUCGCCUUCUUCCUGGUCGUCGCGCCGCUGGGGCAGCCGCAAAGAGGACUGAGCAGCUCCGAGGUUGGAGCGGUUGCUCAGUUCAUGGGUAGCUAUAGCUUGGUGAUUCUGAACUGCCGUGCGUUUCAGAUCUGAGAAUUGUACUUAUUUGUUAAACUUUCAUGUGAGCUGCAUUUAGACGGGGUCUUGUACAUAUGUUCAUUGACUUGAAUGGGGAGGAUGAAUUGUUUGAUUUGUA